ACCACAGACUACUAGAGAGAGAUGUGGCGGCAACUAAUGAACUCGACUAAUUCGACAGGUCACUGCAAUUACCUGACAACGACGUAUGGCCCGAAAUUCUAAACAAGAUACUUCAAAGUUGAUACAUAAAAAUAUUUGUAUGUUAUGAUUUUAGUAAUCGUUCAGAAUAACAACCGUCCGGCGAUGCCGACAAUGUCAACCGUGUUAUAAAUUUAAUAAAUUUUAUAAACAAUUCAAGGAAACUGGUACCGGUCACCAACACUUACUAGUCACACUACACACUAGGGCCACAGCACAGUCAUCAACCACGGGAACAAUACAUUCCUUAAUAAUCGCUUUUCAGACAGGAAUGAAUUAUUCAAGUAUUUUACGAUUCAGUACAUUUCAUAUUUAUUUGAUAGCGGUGUUCAUUAUAGGCGCUGAAAUAUUUAUUGUUAUGUUCAAUUACAUUUCUCUGUCGCUUCCUACGAUCAGACAAUGGCGGCACCUUGUUUCGGACAUAUCGUGCCACUACUCAGAGUACGGCGACGCUCUGCCAUCUGCGGAGGACGUCAGCUUCUCGCCGAAGUCAAAUUCCAUCUACUUCCACGAGACCUCGUGUCGAGGAGGACUCACCUCUCGCCAAGCCUGCUCCAUAGAGGCCGCGGCCAGAACACAUCCAAAGCGGGAAGUGUACGUUCUCUUCAGCGCACCUGUUAGCGAGAACGUUUUGAAAAGAAGUUGCCUAGCAAAAUUACUGCAAUUCGACAAUAUUAAAGCCGCGAGAGUGCAUAUAGACAUGUACGCCAAGGGUUCAACUAUAGAACCAAUUUUAUUAGAUUUGGACGAAAGCAAUUACCCAAUUCAACAUACUUCUGACAUACUAAGGAUACUAACCCUGAACAAAUGGGGCGGCAUAUAUCUCGACACUGAUAUGAUAGUUGUGAAGUCUUUAGACGAAUUGCCUCCUAACUGGGUCGCGAAACAAAGUGACUUUUCUUUAGCUUCAGGAAUCUUGUCGUUUGCUAAAGAUGAGGUUGGAAGGAAUGUCACGAAAAGAAUCCUUGAAUUAUUAUCCCAAAAUUUUGACCCUUACGACUGGAUUGCUAAUGGCCCGUAUAUCGUUCAAAAUGCAGUUUUACCUUUAUGCAUGACUGGGAACAUUUCCGAAAAUUGUAAUGGUAUUAAAAUCAUGCCGUACGAGUUAUUCUACCCACUACAUUACUCUCUGUGGAAGUUCUUCUUUCGAGUAGAGACUUUUUCAACCACUGAAUCUCCUUACUCUUAUCACAUGUGGAAUUAUCUGAGCAGCGCUGAGAAAAUAGAGAAGGGCUCUCUGUACCAAGUGCUGGCAAAAAAAUACUGUCCGUCAAUUUAUGAACUGUAUGGAGAGGACUUUGGAAUGUAAACGGAUCUCCGGGCAGGGAUCUAGCACCACCCCCUCAAAGAUUGUUUCAGUCGUGGAAAUUAAUGCUGGUGGUGAAAAGGUGGCCGUUGGCUCGCAGCGAAUUGGAUCUGAAUUGAUGUUUUUGACCUCCACCACCCAUCAUCAGUAUGAUAAAAAUGGCUUUUGGUGAUGUUGAUCAUUGUGCAAUUUUUCUACAUAUCAAUCUAAUUGUAUAAACAUGACAGGGAUUACAUUGAACUAAGCGAAUGACAGUUAUUCAAUUUUACAUACUCGCAAAGUUCUGACUCCUCCGUUUGUUUUCUUUUAUCACUAUAAACAUAAAUACUGUGACCGAUAGUAAACAAUAAUAUUACGGUCUUGUCUUGUCUGUAAUUCAUUGGAGCUGAGAGCAGUGAUAGCAUUCACCUCACAAUAGUAUUAAGACAAAAUAAAUGUAAAUAUAAUACCUAUAUAAAAAUGUUACGUCUUAACAUCAUAUUGUACACAAUUUUACUUCUAUUGUGGCUUAUCGGAUGUGUCUUAUUUCUGUUAAUAAUGAAAACUGCGAGGUCAGAAUUGAGCCCAGAGCUUCAAAGAACAACGGGCCGGAUAACUACGGAUGCCUUCGAGGUGACUGAACCGGAUUACCCGGGUUCGUUACCGGAGUACGCUGAUAAACUGCAAGAUUUAUUCUAGAAAAUAAGGUAUGACCGUCGAGUGUCGUGAGGGUCCAAGACAACUAAAUGAAAUGAAAUUAAAUAAUUUAUUCUGCAAAUAGGAUAGACGUCAUUACUUUUACAUGCCAUUUUUUAAGCUCUGACAAACUCAGGGGUCAUCGCCUCUUUUAAAGUCCGACGUCUAAUCACAUUGGAAUUAAUGAGGAAAAAAAAACUAUGCGACACACAAUCCAUGGACACGAAAAUAUUUUUUGAAAAUAAACGUGACAGUUCUUUGACUUGUAAGUUUAAUACAUUAGAGAGACCCGUCAACGACAGCUUUCAUAUUAAAAGUAUGUAUAAACGCAAAAUUUGUAUUAAUAAUAAACUUAUUGAUAUUGUUCCUAGAUGAUACGAAUAUAUGUAUCCAAAUAUGUUACGAAAUAGUAUGUUUUUGUAUAAGAUAGUUUUAAUUCCGUAAAACAUAUACAGGGUGUCUGAAAAAGUAACGGAUAAGCGGCACAAUUUUUUUUGUGACCUGUAAUUAUAUAAUUAACAAUGGGCAACCAUUCUUCAGCCUACCCUAUAUA